GAAACUAAUUUCUGCACACGGUACCACUAAAUUCCUCAUGCCAAAAUAAAAGAGUAAAUUAAGAUAUUGCCAGCUCCAGAAUCCGGAUAAGUAACCCCACGAGUGAUUAAUACAAAUUAGGGGCAUCCACUGUAGCAGAGUAAACCCGUGGCACUACCAAAUCUCACCAAAGUCCAGCCCUAGUUGUCCCCCACACGUGUGUGAUUGUGUGUGUGUGUGCGUUGUUUUCUCACUCAAUUUCAGUGCAAUUUAAAAAAAUCAACAAAAGCGCAGUAACAGAAGCAACAACAAUUAGAAAACGCACUUGUUACCGAGGUUGGCUGCCAGUACUAGAAAAGCAAACAAUAAACAACCGAGCUGGCGAGACUGAAAUCCAUCGCAUGAUAAACAAACCGAACAAGAACCUUCGACAGCUUCGAAAUUCAGGAGAAGGACGGGCCACGUCGCUAUCUUAUCUGCUACACUGAGAGAAAAGCCACAAAACCAAAACAACACCAUGUCCUCGUCGUCGGCGUCCGGCGGCCGGAAGCAACCCACUGCUGUGUCGCGCAUGAAGCAGGACUAUAUGCGCCUCAAGCGGGAUCCCCUGCCGUACAUCACCGCCGAGCCGCUGCCCAACAACAUCCUCGAGUGGCACUACUGCGUCAAGGGGCCGGAGGACUCGCCUUACUACGGCGGCUACUACCACGGCACCCUGCUUUUUCCGCGCGAGUUCCCCUUCAAGCCGCCAUCCAUCUACAUGCUGACGCCGAACGGUCGUUUCAAGACCAACACCAGACUGUGUUUGAGUAUAUCAGAUUUUCAUCCGGACACUUGGAACCCGACUUGGUGCGUAGGCACCAUUCUCACUGGACUGCUGAGCUUCAUGCUGGAGAGUACACCCACACUCGGAUCCAUCGAAUCAUCGAACUAUGACAAGCAAAUGUUUGCUCAAAAAUCACUAGCAUUUAACCUGCGCAACACCAACUUCUGUGAACUGUUUCCAGAGAUGGUCAACGAGAUCAAGCAGCGGCUGCAGAGAACACAGGCGGCAGCUGCUGUGGACGGAUCCGGUGCAAACGGAGUAAAGCGUUCCAACGGACUGGCCAACGGAGCGAGCCUGGCAUCUGCGGAUGGCAAUCUGGCGGCGGGCGGCUUGGCCAAUCCACUGAAUGCAGCGGACGCAAUCGAUGGCGGGGCGGCGGGUCAGGCGGAUUUGGCCAGCGGCGGAGGAGCGGCGGUGCAGAAUAGUGCACGGAACUCCUAUCUAAACUGGCAGUCUGUCUAUUCAAACCUGGUGAUCAUUAUCUGCUUUGCAAUUUUUGCCCUCAUUGUUAAUUACGUGAUCAAGAACCUGAAUCAGGAAUAGAAUUACCAACACAGCCUCUAUAUUUAUAUACAGAAAUAGUUACACAUCCGUAUGCGUGUGCAUAUCUAAUCUAGUUUACUUUAAAAUAGUCUUCGUGGAUUCUAUACCGCUUGAGAAGUAUUUACAGACCCCACUUGAUCCAAAAACAACCGCACCAGACCCGGCAUCCAUUCCCACGAUUCCCACGAUUGUUGACUUAGUCUGAAAAUUAUCGGCAGCAAAAUUUAGAAACACAAUUCUAAACUCGAUUUGUGAAAUUUAAAACUUGUUUUGUUAUGUAUUCAUUACUAUUAACGCCUAGUUUAAUGCAACGUGAAUAAUGCCAGAAAUAUGUUUGUAAAUGAAUAAAGAAGUCCGGCAACAUAUGAGCUCGUGUACAAAUUAACCAA